GAGCCGCGGGCUCUCGGGAAGACGCGGAUGAUGAACAAGCUGUACAUCGGGAACCUGAGCCCCGCCGUCACCGCCGACGACUUCCGGCAGCUCUUCGGGGACAGGAAGCUGCCCCUGGCGGGACAGGUCCUGCUCAAGUCCGGCUACGCCUUCGUGGACUACCCCGACCAGAACUGGGCCAUCUGCGCCAUCGAGACCCUCUCGGGUAAAGUGGAAUUGCAUGGGGAAAUCAUGGAAGUUGAUUACUCAGUCUCUAAAAAGCUAAGGAGCAGAAAAAUCCAGAUUCGAAACAUCCCGCCUCACCUGCAGUGGGAGGUAUUGGAUGGACUGUUGGCUGAGUGUGGGACAGUGGAGAAUGUGGAACAAGUCAAUACAGAUACUGAAACUGCUGCUGUCAACGUCACCUAUGCAACCAGAGAGGAAGCAAAGAUAGCCAUUGAGAAGCUAAGUGGGCAUCAGUUUGAGAACUACUCCUUCAAGAUUUCCUACAUCCCCGUUGAAGAGGUGAGCUCUCCUUCACCCCCUCAGCGAGUCCAGCGUUGGGACCACUCUUCCCGGGAACAAGGCCACAGCCCCGGGAGCUCUUCUCAGGCCAGACAGAUUGUUCCCCUGCGGAUCCUGGUCCCCACCCAGUUUGUUGGUGCCAUCAUCGGAAAGGAGGGCUUGACCAUAAAGAACAUCACUAAACAGACCCAGUCCCGGGUAGACAUCCACAGAAAGGAGAACUCUGGGGCUGCAGAGAAGCCUGUCACCAUCCAUGCCACCCCAGAAGGGACAUCUUCAGCGUGCCGCAUGAUUCUUGAAAUUAUGCAGAAAGAGGCUGAUGAGACCAAACUAGCUGAGGAGGUGCCUCUGAAAAUCUUGGCCCACAAUGGCUUGGUUGGAAGACUGAUUGGCAAAGAAGGCAGAAAUUUGAAGAAAAUUGAACAUGACACAGGGACCAAGAUCACCAUCUCAUCCUUGCAGGAUUUGAGCAUCUAUAACCCUGAGAGAACCAUCACAGUGAAGGGCGCCAUUGAUGCAUGCGCCAAUGCUGAGAUAGAGAUCAUGAAGAAGCUGCAAGAGGCCUUCAAAAACGAUAUGCUGGCUGUUAAUCAACAAGCCAAUCUAAUCCCAGGGUUGAACCUCAGUGCACUUGGCAUCUUUUCAACAGGACUGUCCGUGCUUCCUCCACCAGCAGGGCCCCGUGGGGUCCCACUCAGUGCCCCCUACCAUCCCUUCGCUACCCACUCCGGAUACAUCUCCAGUCUGUACCCUCAUCACCAUUUUGGCCCAUUCCUGCAUCAUCACUCCUACCCAGAGCAGGAGACUGUGAAUCUCUUCAUUCCAACCCAGGCUGUGGGUGCUAUCAUCGGGAAAAAGGGGGUGCACAUCAAACAGCUGGCUCCAUUUGCUGGUGCCUCUAUCAAGAUAGCUCCGGCAGAAGGUCCAGAUGUCAGUGAAAGGAUGGUCAUCAUCACCGGGCCACCUGAAGCCCAGUUCAAGGCUCAGGGACGGAUCUUUGGGAAGCUGAAGGAAGAAAACUUCUUUAACCCCAAAGAAGAGGUGAAGCUGGAAGCCCACAUCCGUGUCCCGUCCACAGCCGGCCGUGUGAUCGGCAAAAGGGGGAAAACCGUAAACGAGCUCCAGAACUUGACAAGCGCAGAAGUUAUCGUGCCUCGUGACCAAACCCCAGAUGAAAAAGAAGUGAUCGUCAGGAUUAUCGGACACUUUUUCGCCAGCCAGACUGCGCAACGCAAGAUCAGGGAAAUUGUACAGCAGGUGAAGCAGCAGGAGCAGAAAUACCCUCAGGGAGUCGCCUCACAGCGCAGCAAGUGAGGCCCCCACAGGCGCCAGCAAACAAGAGAUGAAUGUAACCCUCCCAACCCCCGAGAGAGACGAGACC